UCUGUUCCUUCUCUGACUCAGCACUGUGCUGAAACACAAAAUGUUUAUUUUUUUAACAUAAUUAAAAAAAAAUUUAACAGAACAUCUAGCUGGACUGUUAGAUAUUCCCACCCACAGUGGAUACUCUUUUGUUGUUGCUCUCACGCUAACGUGCGAGAUCCAGCCGGACUGCGCGGUCGCAAAACGCACCAACUUCCCCCCUCCCCCGCGGACUGCCUGGCUUGAGAUGAGUGGAAGAUGUCGGUUUCGGGGCUGAAGGCCGAAUUGAAGUUUUUGGAGUCAAUUUUUGACCCAAACCACGAACGUUUUAGAAUUAUUGAUUGGAAGCCCGACGAGCUUAGUUGUCAGUUUAAUGUAACCGGUGAAAAACUGCUAAUAAUACAUUGCAACAUUACGGAGUCAUACCCCUCUACGCCUCCGAUCUGGUUUGUUGAUUCAGAUGAUCCAAGCCUGACAGAGGUGUUAGAGCGCCUUGAAGAUGUCAGAAGAGGCACCUCUUUACUCCUGCAACAGCUGAAACGUCUCAUUUGUGACCUGUGUCGACUGUACAACCUGCCCCAGCACCCCGAUGUGGAGAUGCUAGAUCAGCCCCUUCCUGCUGGACCCAUCAACCCGGAGCGCAAGCAUGGACCAGCGGACGAAGUUACAUCCGAGGAGGAGGAGGAGGAAGAGAUGGGCGAGCAGGACAUUGAAGACUUGGACCACUAUGAGAUGAAGGAGGAGGAGCCUGUGGAUGGGAAGAAGUCAGAGGAUGAUGGGAUAGAGAAGGAGAACCUGGCCAUUCUGGAGAAGAUCCGCAAGAACCAGAGGCAGGACCACUUGAACGUAAGUGCCCAUUCGGGUGCAGUCUCUGGGUCCGUUCAGGCCUCUGACCGUCUCAUGAAGGAACUCAGGGAGAUCUAUAGAUCACAGAGUUACAAGACAGGUAUUUAUUCAGUGGAGCUAGUAAAUGACAGCCUUUAUGAAUGGCAUGUCAAAAUAAGGACUGUAGAUCCUGACAGCCCACUGCAUAGUGACUUGCAGGUCCUGAAGGAGAAGGAAGGAGUCGACUACAUCCUGCUCAGCUUCUCAUAUAAAGACAACUUUCCGUUUGAUCCGCCGUUCGUACGGGUGGUCUCACCGGUGCUGUCAGGAGGCUAUGUUCUCGGAGGUGGGGCCUUGUGUAUGGAGCUUCUCACAAAACAGGGCUGGAGCAGUGCCUAUUCCAUAGAGUCUGUCAUCAUGCAGAUCAACGCCACCCUAGUCAAAGGAAAAGCCAGAGUGCAGUUUGGAGCCAAUAAGAAUCAGUACAAUCUCGCAAGAGCACAACAGUCAUACAAAUCCCUUGUGCAGAUUCACGAAAAAAAUGGCUGGUACACACCUCCGAAAGAGGACGGAUAAAGAAGUCUCUCCUCUUCCUUGGAGCAUAACAUUUGUUUUUUGGUUUAAAAACCAAUAUGUUUUUCUCUCCUUUUUUUGAACAAUUUUCUCCCUUCUGACUUAUUGGGAGUUAUAUCAUCCUUUCUUGUGGAAACCAACUGGCAGGUUCUUCCGUCUCGUUUGUCGUCGGCUCUGUAGACCAGUAUCUCACCUCUGUCUGGCCCAUCUGUUAGGCCGGAGGUCCUCCUCAUGCCUCACUCCACCUCCCUCUUGGCACUAUACCUGGGGAGAAUGUCUUUAGUGACUGAGGGGGUUCGGUGGUCCAUAAUCAUCACAUCUAUUUUUUUCCCACAAGUGGAUAGUUUAUUUUAAUUUUAUUAUAUACCCAUGCUGGUUUGAAGACGUGGCUCGACAAAUCCCUCAUUGGUGUGAACCUGCUUGUCGGAUGGUCUGAUGAGAUGAGAGAUGGUUUGUGUCCCCAUCCUCCUCCUGUUUUUAGCUUGAAGCUGCAAGCUCCUACAGCAAGCCACGGAAUGGACAGUUGGAUUUUAACUGAAAGCUCUGUGGUGACAGUUGGAUUUUAAAGCGCUGAAGAAGACUCUGAGGAAGGAUGUUUCUUGUUUCACCUCAGUCUGUUAGAGACACUGACUGCCCCCCCCCCCCACGUUGUGUAAUAUUUACUGGUACAAAAUGCAGACAUUGUUGUUAAAAAGAAAUAUUAUACGCUUAACUGUAAACUACUUGCUGGCUUGUUUGAUGUCCCGGGCAUGAGCCUGAUUGGUGACGCUGGAGGCCGACCCGGAUGUGGACUUAGACUGACGGCUGUCCCAAAUGGCACCCUAUUCCCUAAAUUGCGUGCUACUUUUGACCAGGUCCCUAUGGCAAUAAAAAGCAUGUGGACCACACUUAGUAAUGCAGUGCAACCCGGGAUCAUUAAUGUCGUUUUUUUCAUUUAUUGAUCGUCUGACGUGUUGGGAAUCUGGUGCCGUUUGGGGUGCAUGCCAGUCUAUCACCCCAUGAUAUGUCCUGGCUGUUAUGUAGCUCGUAUGUUUAGGGUAGCUUCUUUCUAGGUAUUUGCUGUAAAUUCUUUGGUAUGGUUGGAUUCUGGGUUGCCUGCUUAUUCCCAUUUGAUUGCAGGCAGCCUUUAAGCUGGAUUUUGGGAAAACCGGAGGGUUUAUUGCAAGUGCCUGGAGUUUUGCAACCCUGAAGCAAGGGGCUAUUGAUCCUUGGUUCCAACACCGUGUCUGAUUAGUAUAAUAAUGUAUUAUGAUUGAAGGGAGCUCCACAGACCAACUGUCAUCUUGUUAAUGAAUUUACGUACCUGUCGUAAAUAUAACAUUAGGUAGAGGGGAACCAAACAGAACCGGUUCGGUCGCUUGUCCCUAUGUGGGAAGAUGCCGCGUGUCGUCCACGGCAACCUUUCCCCUACAUCAGUAACAGGUCUUUGUCCAAUUUAACCUGGCUGAUCAGGUGUGUUGAGUUACCUGAUCUAUGGCAUUAAAUAUGUUAUGCCACUCAAGAGAGGCGGGGUUAUUAGGAGGUGGAUGAUACACUUAGGAAGGCAAAGCAGCUGGGGCAUUUGGACAUUUCUUUUCCACCGUCUACUAAAAUGAUGGGGCGUAGUGGCCAUAGGAUGUAAGCAUUACUGCAGCUGGGCCGUCACUGAUGUCAUCAUUUAGAGAGAGGUUAGCUUUGUGCUAACGCAGUAAAUAAUUAAAUCAGCGUUAAAAAUAUUGCCUGGCUUUUAUUUUAGUUUGGCAGCCCGGCUCGUGUCCUAACCGCUACUGUGUCACAAUUGAGAGAGUUCCAUAGCCUGGCUAUAAAUCUGUUGGUCCAAAAUCUGACCACAGGACUUGACACGAGCUCAGCACAGACUGCCCUGGGACCAGCUCUACAGCAUGCUCAUGUAUGUCAUGACACAGCACUAAGAGUUUCCCCAUCCACUCCAGCAAUCCCUGCUUUCACCGGUCACACGCAACACCCAUCAACUGGUCCCAUGGCUGGUCAGCGCAGCGUCCCCUAAGGACUGCCGGCCACACGCAGUGUUAUGUCUUCAAUCAAUCAUAUUGGGACUUCUGUUUUCUGUGGGCUACUGUACAGCCUCCUGGCGGUAGGCACAGCUCAUACUGAGCGAUCUAUUCUAAAUUGUGUGGCCACCCGAGUUCAAACCCAGUUACCUGAGAUCUCUCCUGCCCAGGUCUUUAACACUGUUGUAUGGGCUGUGUUUUGAGCACUGUUGAGGGGAUGGUAUGAGACUUGGGCUGUAGCUGUAGAAUACUGAGCCUUGAGGCCUCUUACUGCAUGGGGAGGUUCUGUGAGGUUCAGCUUGUAUACCAAGGACAUGCUAAAUAUCUCUCUUUCGAUGUGUAUUAAUGGGGAAAGUUCACUGUUUGACGUUAUGUAAAUGAAAAUCACUAGUGAUUGUUGGAAAGUGCCAGAAUGCCCCCCUGCUCGCCCAUCUCUUCGGCCUUUCACGUGCCAUGUGAUGCAACAGCAGGACUGUUCAGGUGGCGUCCGAAGUGCUGCCCUCAUUUCCUGUAGACUACACUACAUUUGCCUGGGGCCAGUGUUGUCUUAUGGUUAAAAUGUGUCCACUAUCUGGAGAAAAGGGUGCAAUUUGGAACGCACAUAGGCUUUUUCAGCAGUUCCCCCCCCCCCCCCCC